AUGUCAGCUGAAGCAACCCCUCCAUCGGCAAUAUUCCAUAGAUCCUUGGGCAAGGUUUAUCCUACCGCGGUUAGUGGACAGGGUAUAUACUUGGAGACAAAGGAUGGCAAACAAGUGAUUGAUGGAAGCAGCGGAGCAGCAGUCUCAUGUCUCGGUCACGGACACCCUGCCGUCAUUCAAGCCAUUGUCGAACAGGCGCAGCGAAUGUCAUUCGCUCACACGUCGUUCUUUACCAGCAACCCCGCCGAGGAACUCGCAGAACUUCUUCUAAGCCAAAGCGCAGGAGCUUUUCACAAUGUGAUGUUUCUGAGCUCGGGCUCCGAAGCCGUCGAGUCUGCCAUUAAACUGGCGAGGCAAUAUCAUGUAUCCAAUAGGCAGCCCGAACGCAUAAACUUCAUCAGCCGCAGAUACUCUUACCAUGGGAAUACCUUGGGUUGCCUUUCUGCCGGAUUCAACCCCCCUCGCCGGGAGCAAUUUGCCCCGCUGCUAUCCCAAGCAUUCCACCAUGUAUCUCCGUGCUUUUUCAGCCGAGAUGCAUCGCCUGGAGAGGCGGAGUCCGCAUACGUCGAUCGCCUUCUUCAAGAGUAUGAGCAAAAGAUUCAAAGUCUUGGACCCAAGACAAUUGCCGGUCUCAUCGUUGAGCCUAUCGGUGGCGCAACACUGGGAAGUGUUCCUUCGGCGGAAGGUUACUUGACCGGGCUUAGACGACUGUGUGACAAGUACGGUUCCCUCCUCCUCUUCGACGAGGUCAUGUGCGGCAUGGGCCGAGCUGGUACACUUCAUGCCUGGCAAUCUCUGGGCAAUGUAGCCCCUGACCUGCAAACGAUCGGCAAGGGUCUUGGGGCGGGAUACCAGCCCAUAUCCGCGAUCCUGGUUGGUCGCCAAGUGCACGAUUCCAUCAAAGCAUCGCAGGACGUUCUCCCCUUUGUGAGUGGGCACACAUACCAAGGGCACUCAAUUGGCUGCGCUGCCGCCCUGGCGGUUCAAAAAGUCAUUAUUGAGCAGGGCCUUCUCGCAAAUGUUGAAGCUAUGGGAAAAUGUUUGAGAAGUCAGCUUGAGGCCUCGACACCCCACUUGAAGGAGGUCCGCGGUCUUGGGCUGUUCUUGACUGCCGAGUUCAAGGCCAUAGGAGGCAGCCCUAUCUCUUCGAGAGUUGCUGCGAGGUGUCUAGAUAAUGGAGCAGCGGUGUAUCUGUGCUCAUCAGCUGUGGACGCAGUUAUGUUCGCCCCGCCCUUCAUUAUCACGGAGGAGGAGGUGGGUAAACUGGUUGAGAUUUUUGUUCUAUCCGUGAAUGAGGUGUUGCUUGAAGGUGUAUCUGCAACAUAG